GGAAGUGACGUAGCCGGGGCUGGCGUGGUGGAUGUUGUCAAAGGUUCUCUGAUGUGCUUUUGCUACCCAGUUUGAAUGAAACGUUUGUUAACAAACCUUAUGCAAGCCACAGUGGUUAGCUACAUAUAUUUAAUCAACUGACGGAACAGCUUACAGUAACUUUCAAAGGACUUCUCACCGAAUCUACCAGCCUAGCCUGUUGAAUGUCAGCCUCCAUACCUCAGAAGGGGCCAGGUCUUGCUGGUCUGCCUGGCCAGCUGCAAUCCCACCUGCCCACCGGCCCAGCCUCAGUCCCUGGCCAGACCCCCAUGCCUGCCCAGGGGGCUCUGAGGGAGAUCUCUCCAGUCUUCCUCUGUCGGAUCGGCCAGGAGACCGUCCAGGACAUUGUCACACGCACCAUGGAGAUCUUCCAGAUCACCCGGGCCACACAGCUCCCUAACGGUGUGAACCAGAGCCAGGCUGCCUACCAGGACCGCUUCGGUAAGCUCCAGGAACACCUGCGCCAGCUGGCACUGCUCUUCCGCAAGCUCCGCCUCCUGUAUGAACGCUGUGUGGAGAUGACCUCCGACCUACAGGAAGACCCCACCGAGUUGGUGCCGUAUAUGGGAGACGAGAUCCCUCUGGUUAAAGUAGAGGCCUGCAAUCCAGCUGUGAACUUGGAGAGACGGGAGGUUCUAGAGAAGGUGAGGCAAAAGAACCAGGAGAUGAAGAUCCUGAUGGACCAGAUGAGGAACCUACUGUGGGACGUCAACGCCAUGUUGACACUGAGGAAAUGACAUCACAACCAAAAAGUUAUGUCACCCCGCCCCCCUCUUCCCCGACUGCACUUCAUGAUAGUUUCCCCUUCCGACCAGAGUUGUGGGUUAGAGUCUGUCUGAGGCUCUUCCCCCAUCGCCUCGCUUUCUGGUGCUGUCGAAUAGGGGUUCAGGACCACUCUGACACUGUGGUGGAGGGAUCUAUUCUCCUUUAGAAGAGACUGCUAGCCCUGACCAGAGGUUGCUGGUCAAAAGAGACAAUGCAUUCAGGAACGGAAUUUAUGGGAAUAUUUGUUUUGUUUUUUUCCCACUUCAAAGUUGUUUUUUCUUACUCUACAAAAUAUUUGAUAUCAAAAUGAAUUGUGUUGUAUCUCAGUUUCUUCAUGUGUUCACUCCAACUUUGAGACUCUAGGCUAUCUGACUAUCAUGUACUGUCUGUUCUGAAUCCAAGCACUGAGCCGUGGCACCUGAUAUAACAUGUCCACCUAGUCAGUGACUUCCUGUGUGUAAACACUUGUUUUCUCACCUGGUAUUUCCCUAGUCGUUAAAAAGCUCUGAGCUUGAAUUUGACACAUGGCAGCUAGUUCUCAGGUGGUGUGUGUAUGUGAGUAUAUGUCCUAUAUUGUGUGUGUGUGUGUGUGUUCUGGAGAGACUAGGCGAACACAUUUGUAUGUCAAGAGUUGCUUCCUUAAUACACACCUGUUGGCCUAAAGGGGCGGAGCAUUGCACGUGAAGUGACAGCAAAAGCAGAUGUCUUUUUCUACAAAAUAAAAAAUGUUUUCUCUAAAAAAAUCACACUGUAAAACCAGCUUCUGCAUGUCUCAUCCUCAUGUCACAAGAACUUUAAGAUGCAUGUUUUGAAUAUAAGUGUGAAAUGGACCAAAAAAAAUAA